AGAAACAACAACUAAUUGCCGUAAAAACAACAGCGUGCAAAAAAUACCAGCCUACUAUUCGUGCACAGAUGCAGAAUCUGUGCAUUAUUUGGAUGAAAUAUCGAUACAUAGAUGGUGAACAGAAAAAUCCCAAAACACCCACUGUCUGACUGUGAUCUUUUUCUGAUUUUGAUUAUGAAAAUAUAUAAGUUAGUAAAAAAAUACGAAUAAAAAAAAAUGAUUGGUAUCUGUUGCUGCAUCUAUUCCAGUAUUCUGUCUGUUCUAUGCGUGUCACAUAAUAUUAUUUUUGUGUGUCCAGAGGCGUGCUUUUAACGGUAAUAUUUGAUUUAUAUUUGUACAUAGAAAUGCAAAGUGCUAAAGGUUCUUUAAUAUUAGUUUUAUCCAUUUUGACAUUUUUUGUCUCAUAUGGAUAUUCUGCUGCCAAAGAAAGCAGUGCAACUGCAUUUGAGCGCGUUGCAGAUUAUGAAGCGCAAGCUCGACAAAAUUUAUUCUCCUAUGAUGGUGAACUAGGAUUUGGUGAUCAUUUACAAAAGACAGUGUUUAUCGCUAUUUUCAUAAGAAACAAAGAACAUUCGCUGCCAUUCUUUUUUAAAGCAAUUGAAGACUUAGUAUAUGACAAGAGCCGGAUGAAAAUAUGGAUUGUUUGUGAUCACACCCAAGAUAAUUCAGCAGCACAAACUGAAAAUUGGGUAAAAGCCGUAGAAAAACAAUAUGCAAAAGUUGAUUUUGAAUAUGUUAAAGGUCCUUGGCAUUAUCCAAAACAGAAAACAGAUCUUAGUUGGACAAAAGAAAGGGUUUUAAGGCUUUUAGAAUUAAGGCAAACUGCUCUCAUAAAAGCUCGAGAAAGUUGGGCUGAUUACAUUCUGUACAUUGAUGCUGAUAAUAUAUUGAUGAAUCCAUAUAGUUUACAACAUUUGAUGGAUGCUGAUAAAGUUGUAGUUGCACCAAUGUUGCAAUCUAUCUCUCUAUAUUCCAACUUUUGGGGUGGCAUGGCUGAAAAUGGUUACUACAAACGAACCGAUGAAUACAUAAAAAUAAAGAAUCAGGAAAUAAACGGGACAUUUGCAGUUCCCAUGGUUCAUUCAACCUAUUUAAUUGAUCUUAGAAAACCAAAAUCAAGGGAAAUUCGAUUUCUACCAGUUCGAGAAGAAUACAAAUAUGAAUUUGAUGAUAUUAUUGUUUUUGCCACACAUUGUAAGUUGGCUGGCAUUCUCAUGUACAUAGAUAAUUCUGUUUUGUAUGGAUAUUUACCUGUUCCCCUCAAUGAUGACAAGACACUUGAAGAUGAAGUGGAGAGUUUUAUUCAUUUAAGAAUGGAAGUUAUGACUGAACCUCCUGUUGGAAUAGGUAUCGAAAUGAAAAAAUCGUUUUUCGUUCCUGAGAAAAAAGAACAACUAUCGAUGCUUGGCUUUGACAAGAUUUAUAUGAUUAACCUCAAAAGGAGAACAGACCGUCGCAUUAGAAUGAAAAUGCUUGAAAUGCAAGGGAUUGAUUACACUGUAUUUGAAGCAAUUGAUAGUAAAAAUUUAAAUACAACAUAUUUAAGGAAAAUGGGAAUUGAUAUGCUGCCUGGAUAUGUCGAUCCAUUCAGAGAAAGAGGUUUGACACGAGGGGAAAUCGGUUGUUUUCUCAGCCAUUUUACAAUAUGGAAUGAAGUGUGGGAAAAAGGAUACAGCACUGUAAUGGUAUUGGAAGAUGAUGUUAGAUUUCAACCAGGAUUUGUUCGACAAAUUACAGAACUAAUGGAGAGAAUCAAAAUAGCUGAGAUGCCAUGGGAUUUGAUCUAUGUGGGAAGAAAACGCUUGCACCAAGUUACUGAACCUCCAGUGGAAAAUGUUGAAGGUUUAGUUGAAGCUGAUUAUUCUUAUUGGACAAUUGGGUAUUUAUUAUCUCACUCUGGUGCUGAAAAACUUAUCGAUGGUGAUCCUCUUGGUCGUAUGGUACCUGUUGAUGAAUAUUUACCAAUUAUGUAUGAUAAGCAUCCUUCGUCAAUGUAUAAAGAUCAAUUUCCAACAAGAAAUCUCAUUGCACUAUCUGCAGAUCCGCUGCUGAUUUACCCCACUCAUUACACAAACGAAAUAAAUUAUUUCAGUGACACUGAAACAUCGUCAAUUUGGGAAGAGGUUGCUGAUAAAACUGGGAAACAUGAAUCUUCUGGUCCCGAUAAAGAUAGUAGACCUGAAGAUGGUACUGAUGUGCAGAGUGAAGAAUCUCCUAACCGCAAAGAUGAGCUAUGAUCAUCGAUUCAUUAUUCCUCUCUAUCUAUUUUUACUAACGCAGUUCAAGUAUGCAAGUUAGAUAAUUCAAUAUUGCAUGCUGUAACAAUAUUUCUUAUAUAGGCAAUAGUGUAUCUUAUGAAAUCUGAUCGAAAUUUAUUGAUUUUUGCUCAUACCAUAGAAUAGCUUGAAAAGCAUUUUUCUAUGAUAUACAAUACAAAGCAUUUAAUGCAUGGUUUCUCAAACUGGGCCCUUUGCCCUCUACAGAGCAAUAAAGCCUUUCUCUCUGGGACAUGAGCAAAACCAUUCACUAGACAUCAUUAGCUAUCACUACAUUCAUUUGAAGUAAAGUGCCUGCGAUUUGUUUGAUUGGCUAUAAUUCCAUCAUAUUUUGCUUUCGUUUGUUGUAUUUUUAUUAUUAAACAUGGUGCCUAAAGUAAUUGAUUAAUACCACUGAAGGCAAAACUAGGUAUUUUUCUGCCGGUUCAUUCCAAUUUUCUGCCGUCAUAAAUUUUAUUUACGCUAAUUGCAAUCUAACCCGUUAAUAAUGCUUAUCAGUAUUUUGCAUAAAUCUUUUUUUCUGCUUUAGUAAAUCAUAUGAGAUAUCUAAUGAAAUGCAUUUGAAUGCAGCAAGAAAUUCAUUCCUUUGGUAAUUAUCAGUUUAGAAUUGAAGUUAUAUUUGUUAAGUUUGCAACACAAUAUCAGUAUUUAUUUUUUGUACUUGUCUGUCUUUAUAUUAACAUUUGAAGCCAAGAUAGCCAACCAUUGCCUUGAAAUUAUCCACAUUAGUCUGGGUCUGGGACUUAUUCCGCUAUUUUUUUUAG